UACUAGCUCCGUGCAUGGUAGCUUGGCGUAAGCUGUACGAGGUCACUUAAUUGCCAUCGUCGGUCGCCAACAUGGUAUCCUCUCCCCUGGCCAUAAGAUCUCCACGAGACACCAUCAAUGUACUGUAGAUCUUCCUCUACCUUCAGCUCCGAGGGCAAAUCCUCUUCCUUGAGCUUAAAUCAGAACAGGCAAAGGCAUGGCCGCCCCUUCAACUGUUUUGAGCAGUUUAGAUCCAACGAUCCAAGAUCCCAGCCAAUCAUACCCUGAUUCGGUUGUUUUCGGGGUAGACACUGGGAGGCUCGAGACAGUACAGGAGGAGAACGAGGGCGAUUCGUCUCAUGGUAGUCCUCCAACUGAACAACGCUACGCAUCUGAAGUACCAGAAGCCGAAUGGUAUCCAAAAGAGAGGCUUCCAAACGGCGUUGCAAAAUCUGCAGAUGAGACUGGGUGGAUCCGUAGGAAGCGCAGAGGGCAGAUCCCUGACCACCGGGCUACCAGCGGUGAAAGAGUGACGGCGCUGGAGACUGCUUUCACUGGUUUCGCUCAGAGAACAACAGAUGCAGUAGUGACGGCGCCGGGGUGUUGUGCUGAGCUGCUUCCUGUUGUGAGAGGUGGUGAGGGAGAGGGUGGGUGGCUAUGAAGGAGAGGGACGCUCGUCCUGGUACAGGUGACCGUUGGCGCGGGUUAACGCGUCUCCCUCCGGCCAGAGUUAUUGCGGCCUGCUACUGAUUUAAUACAUCAAAUACCAGUUAUCGAACUGAGUGGGGAAAUGCGGAAUACACGAUUACCUGCUAAUACAUCGCUAAUCUUGAACAAAGCAACGGGCGCGAUAUCAUCCUCGCGCGUUGCCAGGUUCCGUUCAGCAUAUUC